GACAUCCCCGCUUCCACCAGCCUGCCGCCGCUUGUGGAGGGCCCACUGCGCUGCUUCCUUCGCUGCACCGUCUCCCGAAUCCUGUGGACGGCCCCCAAGCCGCCUCCGUCCACCUUCGUCCGCCUAAGGUGGUGGGGCGAGACCUCCGACGGCACUGUAUUCCAGCCCGCUUCCCGAGCGGGGCAGCCGGCGGGGAGAACCACUGCCCGCUAUGCUGUCCACUGCGGGCCCAAGCAGUUCGCUGCCUACUUGACAGAUAUGGGUGCGCUGGUGCUGGAGGUAGUGACCAAACUUGACCAUCUUCCAAUUGGCAGAGUGCAAAUCACCAAACUGUCCCAGCUCUCUCCCAGCCAUCCAAUCAGUGGGUUUUUCACCAUAGUUUCACCAACAUCCAAUAAACUAGGAGAGAUGCAGGUCUCACUAGUCCUAGAACCUCUGCCAGAACGGUAUGACACCAGCAGCAUUAUCCCAGCUGCAGAUGCAAGUUUAGAAACCACUCCUGCUCAGGGAAGCAGCAAGCCCCAGUUUCUUGCUCCCUCACAGCAAUCCAGGCAAACACUGGUGACUAUUGCUGACCAAGAGUCCGUUAACAAUAGCAAAGCCACAGCUCCCAGAGGAAAGGACCACUUAUUAUGUCAAGAGAAUGUUGAAAACAUAAAGGACACUUUUUCUGCUUCUCAUCACCAUCAGAUUUUACCAGAUGAGCAUUUGAAAGGGAAUACUUCAAAGAGGCAAGUGUCGUUUCCCACCAGCACUGAUCCUGAAACACCUGCUGGAACAAACAUGCGGGUGUUCUCUUUGCAUAACCCAGCUACAGAAGAUCUGCUUUCAGCUCUUUUGGAUCAAGGCAAUAAACUCCGUGAUGCCAUGGUUGUUUCUGUGAUGAAGUCUAGCCCGGACAUGGAGAUUGAACUGAAUGAAGUGCCUGCUUUUAUAGAAGGAGAUGAUUUCAGAGCAACAGUGAAGAGCCCGAAAGGCCUGAACUCAAAUUUUGUGCCUACUCCUGAAGAUCCCCAGCUCUUCACAUCUGAAGUUUCAGGUCAGCAAUUUGACCUAAACUCUGAAGAGACAGCAAUACAGUUACUGUUGGGCAGUGCUGAUUUAUCUCCUGUGCAUUUCUGGGAUCGGACUGGUUCCCUUUUGGAUUCUGUGUCUCUCGGGAGUGAGGUGUAUGACAGUGAACUCAAUGAUCCACUUUAUGACCAGAGUCUGCUAGAGAGACUUUUUUACACGGCUCCUAAAUCUGAUUCCAGUUUAAGCGAUCUCCUCAGUGAUGAUGAUGUUAACACCUCCAAAAAAGUAACCAAGACAGAAACUCUCAAGAAAGCUGAUCCAAUGAAUCCACAGAAGGAUUCUAAUGCCUUCAGUCAGGAUCAGAAAGUGACAGAAAUUAAACUCGGCUGCUCUCCUACUGGACCACUUGCUCCUCCAGAAGAUCACACAGAAGCAGCUCAUGACACAUCUUUGAGUGCAGACAGGUUGGCAUUGCUGGGACAAAUACACCUGGCCAGAGUCAUCAUUGAAAGCUUGAAAAUCCCUCCUGAGAGCAUCCAGAUUACACCAAGAAAGAAAGGUUUAAUGGGGAAGCCUCCAAGGCCUGCGUUGGUGAAUAAGUGUACCUUCUUUGUUGAGUAUCACUUUCCUCUGGGAGCCUCCAAGAAUGAAAAGGGACAGGUCUCCAUAACAACAGAAGUAAUUAAAGUAGCUUCAAGUAAAAUCACAGAUGAUGUGGUGAAAUUUCAGCAGCGCUUUGUGUUCCCUGUCCGUUUCGGUGGAACAAUGAUAGAUCACUGGUGGAGCUCUGACCUUGCUUUUAAAAUCUACAUGAGAAAAAGCACACAGAAAAAGCCAGUGGCCAUUGGCUCAGCAGUGCUUCAGUUAUGCAAGGUUAUUCAGGCUGAGUUGCUCGCUGUCAGCUGUGAAAUUCCUGUGGAAAAAGAGGCAGGUCAGAUACAAGUUGGACCACUAAAGGUAUCCUUAGAGCUUGCCGCUGACAACAAAGACUUUACCUGCACCACGGCCAGGUCAGCUGUGGCUGCACAGCGAGUCCCAGCUCACGCCAUACGAAGUCCCCAGCUGGAAUUACAGGAGCCCAACAGGAGAAGUAUAAAUGCAGAAAGCCCUCGCUGCUUGAAACCUCGCAACUGUGAAGACUCAUGGAAGACAGGAGCAGCCGGCAUAAGUGUCGUGCAGCCACCGCAGGCUGUACCACCCUCUGUAGUGCGUAAUCUGAUGACACAAAUAACUGCAUCUGAAGAGGCUGGGUUAUUACUGCACGUGCUGUUGAUGGUGCCUGAUGGAAAGGAUUUUCUUGCUGAAGACUAUGGGCUCCAUGGUUCUUGUAAUGUGUAUUUAAACUGCAAGCUGCUCAGCACCGAGGAGGCAACGAGAUCUGCUGUUGUAUGGGGCACAACACAACCUGCCUUUAAUUUUUGUCAGGUGAUGCCUUUUUCAUUGACUUCCAAACACUUGGAGCGGCUGAAGAACAAUGUCAUGAUUAUUGAAGCUUGGAACAAAAUAGGAAGCCCUGGCUGUGACAGACUGCUAGGAUUAGUGAAACUUCCUCUGCAUCAGUUUUACAUCUCAUUCAAAGAUCCAAAGAUUUCCUACCUUCUUCUUCAAGCUCAAUAUCCAGUGGUGGCUGUGGACAGCUAUAUGCCUGUAGUAGAUGUUUUUACUGGCAGUAGAAGUGGAAGCCUCAGGGUCAUUCUGGCGAUGGGGUCAGCAGAUCAAAUAGUGGCACUGCAAAGGCUAAAAAAUGAAGAAGGAAUGGUACCUCCCAUCACACAGCGCCCUUCUCACUCUCUGGACCCUCCUUCUAUAAAGCCUGCAAUGCAGUUAGACCAAGAAGGGGAAGACCUGAUGGAGCACGUGUUUGAGAUCCACGUGGAGAGCGUGAAAGGACUCACUCCCUUACAGUCGACCGUCUGGGGAGAGGCUGACUGCUACGUACAGUACUAUUUCCCAGUUCAAGAGGCUGGUUCUGGUGCACUGCAAGGAACUGAAUUGCAUGAGGAUG